GGUGAUCCACAAACAUUUCUACUUGAAGCGAACAGAGAUCAUGUCCCAGUGUGAGGAGUGGAUCGCUGACAUCCAGCAGUACAGCAGUGACAAGAGGGUCGGCCGCACAAUGUCGCACCAUGCUGCUGCACUAAAGAGACACACGGCUCAGCUGAGAGAGGAGUUUCUGAAGCUGCUCUGCCCUGACGGUCUGGAGCCCGAUGGUGAUGAGUUCUCAGAGAAGAGCGCCGCCCUCAUCCUCAAAGAGCUGCCCAGUCAGGACGCAGAGAAGCCCGGCAGCAGUCAGGACGGCAACUGCAGCGAGGGCCAGCUAUGAGUCACCACCCCCACCCCCCUGCUCCUUUCCCACCACCUCCCAGCAUCUCCAACCCUCCUCCCCUCCUCGUUAUGAUUAUCACUCUUGAAAAGACUCGAUGGCUUCAGAGCACAAGCCACCACUUUGUCAAUAUUUGUAUGUAAAGAUGGCAGAAAAGCAGAGAAUGAGAGGACGUGGGGAAUCUGAACACGAUGAGACGAACUCUGAACUAUGCUACACCCUUAUUGAAAACAGUCGACAAAAACUUUUAUUUACCUGUAAAAGAGUGUAAACAUUUUGUGCUUUUUCCAAUUGUGAAAUAACCACUGAUUGGUAUGUUAUUAAACUUGUUUAUGUAUACAUAAUGGAAGAGGAAAAUUACAGAUUAUAUAAGGGAAACUACCUUUAGAGAAGAAUGUUUACUGAAUGUUAAUUUCCUUUUUUUUCUUUUUGACUGUUAGAGUGACAACAGUUGUAACCAAGGAUAGACUGGUCAUUCUUUAAGGAUACUAUUUAAAAAAAAAAAAAGAGUGAGAAAAAGAAAACACACGUAAUAGAUUCUGAGAUAAAAGCCCCUCUGGUCAUCCGUUGCUUCAUCUAAUUUCUCAAGGAUCAUAUCCACUUGAAUAAAGGCUGACAUGGACAUUCUUAAUGUUAUGUUAUCCCUUUCACAGGCUCCAAAUUAAAAAGCACCAUGCUCUGGAUAAACAUCUCUUGCCUCUCAGAACUUCUCCAUGAGCGUUUUCCAUCAACAUGACUGUAGAUCGUGAGACUGUGUGUCAGAGCCACAUCAGAAAUGUAUUUUGAAGGCUUGUGCAUGUGUAUGUGUGUUUUCUGUGCGUGUGCAACAAUCCCCAGUGAGAUACAAAGCUGUGAUGUGCCUUUGAUCUACACCAUACCACCAAAUACUCCAACAGAGUACCUUUACUGAUUUCUUUGCUAUUUCUACAAAAUUAAUAAUUCUGCUCCGUCUGACAUAAAAACUGCUUUAAUCUUUUUUUUUUAUUAUGUUGAACUCCAGUGAACAAAAAAAUGCACUUUCUAUUUUGCUCACUCCUUAGAACAGUCACAUACUCCUUUUGCUAGGACAUUAAAUGGAGCUUGAAAGUA